UCCAGCCACGUGACUUUUUUGUGUACAACUAUUUCGCGGGAAACACUGAGCUGGGUCUUGAUUAAAUCAUUGAAAACUCUCUUCCACGAUGUCGUCCCCAGCAACUACCCCAAGAAGACGAAGCAAACGCGGUCGAAGUUCGGAGCCUGGAAGUCCAAACACUGAAAAUGAUGUUCAGAAAUCUCCUUCAAGAAGAAGUUCACGAUCUGCAACAACGACCCCUUCUUCAAAGGGAAGUACCAAGAAGAGAAGAGUUGAUGCAUCUCCUGGAAGUGAACUUGCUCCCAUGCCCUCAUCUCCACCUUCAGGUGUCAGAGAAGAAUCAUUAUUUUCAAGUCCCAAAGGUGGAAUUCCUACAAGUGAAAUUGACUUAAGUUCCCCCUUGAAUUAUGGAACACCAAGUUCUAGAGGACCACAUACACCAAGAACACCUGGUAUUGGUGCUACACCCAUCAGGCAGAGACCAGAUAUUAGAUCAACCAAAAAGAUGAAACAAGUAGCCAUUGGUGGAUCUGACCCUUCUGAACCUACCAGAGUUACAAGUGAGAUCAGUAGUGACCCAAAUGCUGGACCACAAUUGGUUAUAUGGGGUACAGAUGUGGUUGUAAGUCAAUGCAAAGAAAAAUUUCGUCGCUUCAUUACCAAAUAUAUUGACAGAAAUAGUGUGGCAGAUGAUGAACAGUUUGAAGGAAUGGAUAUUAGUGAACCUUACUAUUUACAGAGGUUAGAUGAGAUUAAUGUUAUUGGAGAACCAUUUUUGAACAUAAAUAGUGCUCAUUUGAAAGAAUUUGAUGCAGAUUUAUAUCGACAGUUGGUCAAUUACCCUCAAGAAGUUAUUCCGGCUUUUGACAUGGCCAUCAAUGAAAUGUUCUUCGACAGAUAUCCAGAUACAGUUUUAGAACACCAGGUCCAGAUACGAACAUUUAAUGCUGAAAAGACAAAGAACAUGAGAUCGUUGAAUCCCGAAGAUAUUGAUCGUCUGAUAACAAUUGGAGGAAUGGUGAUUAGAUUGUCUCCCUUGAUUCCUGAAAUGAGGGAAGCGUUUUUCCAGUGUAAUGUUUGUGCUUUUACUGCUACAGUAGAAAUUGAUCGUGGUCGUAUAUCAGAACCCACACUAUGUUCUCAUUGUAAUACUAAUCAUUCAUUUACUAUGAUACAUAACAGAUCUCAGUUCAGUGAUAAACAGAUGAUUAAAUUACAGGAAUCGCCAGAUGAUAUGCCACCAGGACAAACCCCCCAUACAGUUAUAGUUUAUGCUCACAAUGAUCUGGUUGAUAAAGUACAACCUGGAGAUAGAGUAACAGUUACUGGUAUAUACAGAGCUACACCAUUACGUGUGAAUCCCAGAAUGAGAAAUGUCAAAUCAGUUUAUAAAACUCACAUAGAUGUUAUUCAUUUCCGUAAAAUAGAUGAUAAAAGAUUGCGUGAAGCUGGUGAUGAUGGAGAUGAAAGUAAAGAGGUACAAAGAAUGAGUCAAGAUAGAAUUGAUAUUAUUAAAGGGUUAGCCAAGAAGCCAGAAAUAUAUCAACAACUAGCUCGAGCUAUUGCACCUAGUAUCUAUGAAAAUGAUGAUAUCAAGAAGGGAAUAUUACUUCAAUUAUUUGGUGGCAAUAGGAAAGAUUUCACAAGCUCAGGUAGAGGAAAUUUCAGAUCUGAGGUAAAUAUAUUAUUGUGUGGUGAUCCUGGUACAAGUAAAUCUCAACUAUUACAGUAUGUAUUUAAUCUUGUACCUAGAGGACAGUAUACAUCUGGUAAAGGUUCUAGUGCUGUAGGUCUUACAGCUUAUGUUACUAAAGAUCCUGAAACAAGACAACUUGUACUACAGACUGGUGCUUUAGUAUUGAGCGAUAAUGGCAUUUGUUGUAUUGAUGAAUUUGAUAAAAUGAAUGACAGUACCAGAUCUAUACUACAUGAAGUUAUGGAACAACAGACACUGUCUAUAGCUAAAGCUGGUAUAAUUUGUUCUUUGAAUGCCCGAACCUCCAUAUUGGCUGCUGCUAAUCCAGUUGAAUCACAGUGGAAUAAAAAUAAGACCAUCACAGAAAAUAUUCAACUUCCUCACACCUUAUUAUCAAGAUUUGAUUUGAUAUUUAUUAUGUUGGAUCCUCAAGAUGAAUUAUACGACAGACGAUUAGCGGGCCAUCUUGUCUCUCUGUAUUUCCGUAGUGAGAAAGAAGCUGAAGAAGAACAACUUGAUAUGACAAUACUGAAGGAUUAUAUCACUUACUCAAAAGCUGAAGUACAUCCCAAAAUCGGAGAAGAUGCUGGUCAGGCUUUUAUACAAGCUUAUGUUGAAAUGAGACAAGUUGGUAGUAGCAGGGGUCAGGUUUCAGCUUAUCCUAGACAGUUAGAAUCUCUCAUCAGAUUAGCUGAAGCCCAUGCUAGGAUGCGACUAUCAAAUACUGUUGAAGUUGCUGAUGUUGAGGAAGCUAGACGGUUAUAUAAAGAAGCUUUAAAACAAGCAGCUGUAGAUCCAUCUACUGGUAAAAUAGAUAUCACAAUUCUAACUACUGGUAUUAGUGGUGCUGCUAGGAAACGUAAAGCAGAAGUAGCACAAUGUCUCAAAAAACUUAUUACUGAAAAAGGCAAAGUUCCAACAUUGAAAUACCAGCAGCUAUAUGAACAAUUCCGUGAAAGAUCUGAUUUUCCUGUCACCAAAGAUAUGUUUGAUGAUGCACUGAAAGAAUUACAAGAUGAAGACUAUCUCAUUGUAACCAACAAGGUUAUUCGAUUGUGCUAAAACUUGAUUAAAAGAUAUUUGAGAUACGAUACUGGAGAAGGAUGUUAAUGUCUAGUGCUACUGUUUUGUAGAUAAUACAAGAGCAAUAGUGGUUUUGUAAUAUUGUGCAGAAUAACUGAUGUAUAUACCUCAAUGUAGAAAUUGUUCAUAAUUGAUGUCAGUAACAAAUAAAACCUUAUAAAACACAAUUUUGAUAAGCAACAUUAAUUUUGCUUCUUGUUAAUAUAUAUAUAUAUUUGUACAUAGAUAACUGAUGAAGAUAACCAGAAUUGUGUUCAAAGAUACCAGAUUUGCAUUUAAAGUUUACAUUUUCAUUGCAUCUUGGAUAAUUCUCUUUUUAUCUGAAAUGUAAUGGUGUAAAACUUGGGAUUUGGAUUUUUUUAUUAUAAUAAUAUAGGAAUUUAUUGAUUAACCAUAUUGAUCAAGUAAAUCAUUAAUUAUUUCAUAUUGAUCAUGUAAAUCAUUAUUUCUGGACAAUCUCAUUUCUCCAAUAUGUUAUAUGAAUAUGAUGAAAUUUGUAAGAUGUAAAUACAAAAAUAAACCAUGAUGUGGUACAUUAUUUUAUUGUCACUAUGUGUUUCACAAUAAAUGAAAUAUGUUUGACAUGCUAAAGGAUGGAUGUAGGAGUAAAUUGUCAUCCUUGUCCUGGGCAAAAUUCUUGAUCAAUGUUAUAUAGAGAACUGUAUCAAAUUUCAGAGUUGUUCUUCAACAU